UUUAAAUAGCUUUAGGUGGUUUAAUCAGCAUGAAAUCUUGGAGAAGUUAAAUAUGCAGGCCCUUGUUGAAGCAAGAAUCCAAGCAGAAGAAUCGGUUCAAGAAAAACUCAUUUUCUUCGACAAGGCACCCUUGUUGGUAGAACUUCUAGUUCUACACGAUUUGUGGAAGGAAUGCGUUUUUCCAAUCGUAGCACAUCUCGUUCAGUCAAAAAAUGCUCAAAGUUUCCCUACUUACAUGGUGAUGUACAGCAUGGUCACCAUUGCCAGUUUGCUGGAAUCACUCACGUUCCGCUCAACAUUCUGCGAAAAUCUUGAUGAACGAGCGACUGACCUUGUUGACGUUUGCCACGCAAAUAUUGUUAAAAUGAUCACAGGGAGAUCUGAUAAGCACUUCCAGCAACAAAAAUCCAGGAUCUCAAAAAGAUCGGACACACCUGACGAUGCCCAUCAUCAGUUACUUCAGCAGCGGCUGGAUAUUGAAAUGAUACUUUCAGCCAAAUCACUUGGUAUUCUUUGUCAUUUAAUUCAACAUGCUCCAUCCAUCACACUGAGUGCUGUCUGCCGGAUCUGUGAUCAUCAUGAUGUGCCUGUUUUUCUCGCUGACUUAAUCGAACGCAACCCUUGGAAAAUUAUGGAUGGUGAUCAGAUGCAUAAAUUUAUCGAUGGCGAGUGGAAGCCUAUCGCUCCAGACGACCGCAUCUGCUUGACGCAGACGGAAGGUCAAAUGUGGAUGGCUCUGCACCAGUGCAUAUUAGGAUCGGAAUUCCGUGGAAAAUAUUACCUGGACGAGCACCGAAAGAACCGUCUGCUAAAAAUCCGACCACUAUUGACUGAAGUGUUGUUAGAUCAGAUCCCCGGAUUAGUCGACGUUCAACGAUGUUUGGACAUGCUGGUAUUUAUGGAGACACCUAUGCCUAAAAAAGGAUUAAUUAUUGAGCAAGCGCCAGUUGUGAGAGAAGCUUUAUUUUCAGCUUAUAAGGAUCGCUGGGAUCACUUAGCGCAGUGUCACGUGAAUGUGACAUGUAAUGACCAUCGGCUAUUGAAAAUGGUUGCUGCGAGAAUGUCAGAAAUUUACAGUACGGAGUCUAUGGAUUCGAUCCUUCCUGAGCCAGCAAAAUGUGCAUGGUGCGGCUAUGCGGCAUCCAGAAAAUGCUCAAGCUGUAAAGCCGAGUGGUAUUGUCGUCGUGAAUGUCAAGUAAAGCAUUGGAGCAAGCAUAAAGAAGCGUGUAAACUUUUAACGCAACCGCUUUAUACUAACAGUGCACAGUGA